AUGAUGGAUAUGGAUAAACACCAUUUAUCUGUUGAGUUAGCUGAAACCAAGGCAAAACUACGUCGAGCACAUAUUGAAAUUGAAGAUCAAGCUGACCAGUUGGUUGAACUUCAAGAUCAUUUAUCUGAAACACGUCGUGAAUUAAGUCAAGUGAAAGAGGAACGUGCACGACUAGCUGAUGCAGCGCAUACAGCGAGACAUUGGCAAGAUGAAGUGGAUGCAUUAAAACAAACUGCUGAACGUGUUAUCAACUUAGAAAUGGAAAAUGAUAAACUGAAAGAACGAUUACAUGAAAUUGACUAUUACAAGGCAAGAUGUCAACAAUUAACCGAAGAUUUACAAAUUUUAUCCAAUGAACAUUCACAAUGGGCAGAUAAAGCAGAAGUUACACAUGAAUAUCAUCAUAAAAUUACAGAUUUAGAAAAAGAAUUGAAUAAAACACGACAUCAAUUAACAGAAACUGAAAAUGCUCGAAGUUCAGAUUUAGACUUGAUCAAAAAUCUUCAAGAAGAAUUGGGCAAAUUGAAACUUGAACAUUGUACACAUAAGAAUUUUAUGCAUUCAAACAAAAAAUUGAUUACUUUAAGAGAGAUAAUCUCUCAUAGUGAUUCUAAUCAUGAAGUAGAUAUGAAUGAUGGUGAGAAGAGCAGUCAACAACAAUUGCAAGAACGUCGAAUCUCUUUUGAUGCAGCUGAUGAAGACUUGAUUAUUACUGAAACAAAUAUGCAUAAUAAUCUACUGAAAACAACUGGAUUAACUAAUACCAGUUUAUCAGAGCAAUUAUCAGAAUCAGUAACUAAUCGUUUAAAUCAUUUAGAGGAGGUAAAUCAUCGUUUAAACAAAGAACUAGAAAUGACAAAAAUGUUGUUAACUAAAUCUCAAUCUGUAAAUACUAAUAAUAUUGAAACAGAAGCUUGUUUAGCUGAAAUGAAACGAGAGAAUCAAUUAUUAACUAAUAAGCUUGAACGACUUGAAACAGCAUUUUCUGCUCAAGCAGAACGUUUAUGCCAAUUGGAUUUAGAACGAAUGAAUUUUGAAACAGAUGCACAAAAAACACGUGAAUCAUUGAAUACAUUUAAAGAAACUUCAGAAAGACACAUUAAUGAAUUAUCACGUGAAAAUGAUUAUCUAGCUGAGACGAUUAAAAAUUUAAGAGGUAAAGCUGUGAAUGAAAUCUCCACGGAUGAAAGAAUAGCACGUUUAGAAAAGGAGAAUAGUGUACUUGGUGAAUCAGUUCAACACAAUGUAACGUGUUUAGCACGAGCUGAACUAGAAAUUAGUCAAUUACGUCAUCGUUUAACUAGUGCAGAUGAAUUCUGCAAAUCUGUUGAUACAUUAACUGAGGAACGUAACCAAUUGAGUGCUGAACUAGGAGCUGCUAAACGUGAAAUCAUUGCACUGAAAGAAGCUUGCUCAAGACAAACAGAUGUGGAAAUAGCUCUUGUAACCGCUGAAGGUAAUUGUGCUCGUCUACAAACUCAAUUGUCAACAAUUCGUAGUGUAUAUGAAAAUUCAACGAAUAUGGAAAAUGAAUUAAUUCGAUUAAGACAAAUUGAAAAUAAAUGUGAACAAUUACAGAAUGCAUUGUUUACUUCUAUACAAAAGACAGCUCAGGUUGAAAUAGAACGUGAUAAUUUAUCAACUCGUUUGAAUACACUAAAACAAAGUUUAAAAUCACAUAGAUUACUUGAUUCAGAGGAUGAUAAUGAAGCUGAUGAUGAAGAUGGUGAUAUAGUCAACUUAAGAGAUGAAGAAGUUGAUAGCGGUAAUAAAACAGAUGAUUCCAAUGAAGAAAUAUCACCUGAAUGUUUAAAUGUAGGAAAAUUAUGCAAAAAAUCUAUCAAUAUACAAUCGAAUUCACGUCAUCGUGAUAGACGUCGUAGAGGAGGUUAUAUUAAUUAUGAAACAGAACUUACUAGAAUGGAUACAGAAAUUAAACGUUUGGAGAUAGAGAGAGAUAAUUUCCUUAAAAGUUUCGAAGAAUUAAAAGUUAAAUUAGCAAAUGAAACUUCAGCACAUGAAACUGCUAUGAAAGAAUCUGAUGAAUAUUCAAAGCAACAAAUAUGUCAAUUAGAAUCAGAAAUCAAUCGUUUAAAAGGAUCACUUCGAUUAUCUGACCAAGAAGUACGUAAACUACGCAGAGAAUUAAGAGAAUCUGAACCAAAUCAACAUUUAUCUGAUGCUUUAGAGAAAAUUAAACAGUUAGAGACACAAAUUUCAAAGUUGAACAAUACAAUCAAACAGAAUGAAGCACAAUUGCAUGAUAGUGAACAGCAAAGAAGUGAAUUAUGCCAUCAAGUGAAUGUUGAACAGAAAACAGUCUCAGCAUUACGUAAUGAAUUGAUUAUAGAGAAAAUUGAACUACAAAAGUGUACUUCAGAAUUAAAAUGUAUUCAAAUUGGUUUUGAAAAAUAUGGGCUACCGAAAGAUUGGUUAAUUGAACUAAGCUCCACAGAAAAUACAAUGGAACAAACUAAAUUAUUAGAUUCAUUUAUCAAGAGAUUUAUACAUCAAUUGAAUAAGGAUACUAUUAAUAAAAUUGAAGAAAUUGAUUCAAUUAAACAACAAAUGAAUAGUUUACAAAUAAAAAAUACUGAAUUAUUAAAUCAAUUAAAAAUAAAAAAUGAAAAAAUAGAAGAAUAUGAAAAAUUGAAAAAUUCUUCUUUAACUACUUCUAUGCUAACUGACAGUUUAAUACAAGAUAAUUCAUCAAUUUUAGUACAAUUAAAAGAUCGUGUCAUUCAACUUGAACGUGAAAAUGCACGACUUGAUGAAAUGCUACAAAAUGAAGUUGAACGUGGUGAAAAUAUGAAAGCGAAUAAUCAAAACUUAGAAAGUCGUAUUAAUACUUUUCAACAACAAUCUGUUUCAAUUCAACGACAAUUAUCUGAAUUAAUUGGUACAAAUGCUCGUCUACAAGUUGAAAAUACUACAUUGCAUAGUCAAGUAGAUAGUUUUCAAGGUCAAAAUUCCAGUCUAUCUACACGUAUCAAUGACCUUGAAUCUGAAAUUAAUCACUUAUCAACUGUAUUGAAUACAAUGCAUACUUCAAAAUCUCAAUUAACUAAUGAUUAUGAACAAUUACAAUGUUUACAUGAAAAAUUAACAAAAGAUUAUGAACAAUUAAUUGAAACAUUGAAAACAUCAAAAGAAUCUCAACGUCAACUUAAAAUACAACUACAAUUGACAAAUGAACAAGUUGAAAAGUUACAAACUGAAUCGAAUGAAGUUCAACGAUUAAAAAAUGCAUUAGAACAAGAAAGAGGCAAUUUAAAAGGUGAAGUAAAACAAAUUGUUCAAUUAAGGGAAGAAAGUUCACGUUUACAAUGUGAAUUAAAUUCUAUGAAUGAAAUAUUAACUAGAGAAAGACAUGAAAAAAGUAAUGGAUUAGAACGUGUACGUGAUAUGCGUCGUCAAUUACAAGAUAGUGAAAAUAGAAUUGAACAAUUGAAUAAUGAAUUACAAAAAUAUCAAAAAUUGGAACAAACUUUACAUAAUGAAAUAGAAAAUUUAAAAACACGCUUACAGAUGUUAACAGAGCUUAGUUCAAAGUAUGAAAAAGAGAAUAAGUCAUUACUUGGUCAACUUCAAAGUUUACUUAAUCAAAAUCAGGAGAUUUUAGCGUCUACAUUGAAAAGUUGUGAAAAUCAUGUCAAUCAAGAAGGUGUCUUGAGAGAACGUUUAUUAUCAAUGCAUCGACAAAAACAACAACUUGAAGAAAAAGUAAUGGAACAAUAUCGAAAUGGUUCAUCAUCUAAAAGUGAUAUAACCAAUCAACUUCUUUUGGAAAGUCAAAGGCGUUUAACGCUUAUUCAGAGAGCUCGGGCUGCUUUAAACAAGCGACAUCUUCCAUCCAAUCAUUUACAGAACUCUGAAUACACCAGAAGUAAUUCAGGUUAUCAUACAAUGUCAACUCUCCGUUCUCAGACAUCUUGGUCGAAUGACAGCUAUCGUACAAUGCCAACUGUAGGGUUAACAUCUACACUUCAUCGAUAUGAUAAACGUCUUAUACCUGGUUCAGUAUCUAUCUAUGAUCGUGAUCCAGAUGAACAUAAUCAUGAGGCUUUGAAACAAUUUUUAAAGUAUUUGGAUGACUCAAAUGCAGUGGAUGAUCGACCAAAUUCAGCUGCUCCAUGUCAAGCGUCCGAAUACAAGCAUCCUGGAGGUCAUGAUUUCCUAUUGCCUAUACGACCGAACUCAGGUGGUUUAACAAUGAGUCCAUGCACAGAGAAACGAUCACAAUCAAGACUAAGUUCAGAUAGAUUUACGGAGCGUAUGGAUUCUCCAGUAUCUGGCCGAUCAUCAUAUUCCAGUUCUAGUGGUCUAAAAUCACAACUCACCUCUCAAAUUCAUCACUUCCCUCAUCGAAUUGACAAAGAUAUGCUUAAUCAUGCACGCAAUUCAACAGAUACAAGUGGUGAUACAAACGAGAAAAAAUCGAAUCUACACAACUCAAUCAAUGGAUGGUUAGGCCAUGAUGAUUCUCAUGAUCGUUCUGUGUACAGUAGCAGCAGUAUGAAUAGUAGCAGUAUCAAUGGGCACAAUCUUCCAUCAACCGAAAGAUGUGAGAAGCAAAUCAGUGAAGUUAUGCAAAUUAAAGCGACUACAGAUGAAUCGGAUGGUGUAAUCCAUCGACGAGUUAUCUCAGACAUUGCAUCCAACAUUAACAGUAAUUCCCAGAAUAAGAUUCUGUCAACAGAACCAUAUCUCUCCAGGUCCCCAUCAGCGUAUUACAGUGAAAUCAAUAAUUCUACACAAAGACGAGCAUUGAAUAGCAUGGCCAGCAAUACUACUAAUAACAGUAAUGGUAUGAAUACUUGCCAACCUGCCACAAUAGUGAACAAUUCAUUGACAAAUGGAUGUCAAAACAAUUCAAUCAAUGGUGUUGAAUUGAAUACUGCCAACAAGCAUUUCAAUAAUCCUACAUAUAUCCAACAUACAGAAGAAUCUACUGAGUCAAACAGUAUGAGUUCAAACUUACAAAAUGGCCAGAAAUCUUUACCAAUCUCUUCUGGAUUGUCAGCAAAUCAUAGUAGUAGUACUACUAACAACAAUAAUAACAUAAAUAGUAUGGCUAGUAGUUGUUCAAAUUCUGUUCCUGUAUUCGACUAUCAGAAGUCAUCGAAGUCCAAUAAGUCUGCUUUGUUACGAGAACAAUUUUUCAAUUCUAUGAUAGGUGAAGUGAAUCAACGACAACAGCACAACGCCGACCAUCAGCAACAACAGUCCUCUCUAGAAUCAGAGUUGUCUAGGAAACCAAAAGUUUUACUGCAAUACAGAGAUCUAUAA